UCUCCUGUCGGUCUGAGGGGAACUUAACGGCGGCGACGGGUGUGGCUUCAAAUGUGAUAAAUCUCUACGCGGGGAAAGAAUGCGCGCAGGCUUUACGGAUUAGGACGAAUAUUUACAUUAGUCAGAGGAAAAAAAAAAUCCACGGGAAAAGUGGCGAGGGUGUUUUCAGCAGCUUAACUGGCAGCGGGGGUUUCUGCGUGUGUUCGGUUUUGAACAGCUGGAGUACUUUUUCUUUUUUUUUUUUUUUUUUUGUAAUGCUGAACUUCGUGGGCCGUUGUCGUGUCUUUGACCUGCUCUGAUGAUCCGCUGUGAGGACUAGCAGAAAGUUCACCCAGAAAAGUUAACUCAAGCCGUAUUUUUGGACUAAUAGGGAACAAAUGUUGACUUACUCAGACAUUAACUAGCGUGUGUUUUGAGACUUUGCCCAGAAAUCCCCAAAUUCGCGUCGUUUCACAGUCGCAGAUGAACAGAAUCCGUCACGUUUGUCGCUGAACACCAAAAAGGGAAGUCGUCUCUUACUCAACUUCGGCCCCUUGUUUUUGCUUUAAACCCGGGGAAGAGGGAGGAUUUCGGACUGUUUCACUUGUUAAACUUCCCCUACCAAACAGCAGACCUGAAGCGCGCACUCGGAACCAUGGGUUGUACUGUGAGUCAGGAAGAUAAAGCCGCGGCCGAGAGGUCCAAAAUGAUUGACAAAAACCUGCGAGAAGAUGGAGAGAAGGCGGCGAGAGAAGUGAAACUGCUGCUGCUGGGUGCUGGCGAGUCGGGGAAGAGCACCAUUGUGAAGCAGAUGAAGAUUAUUCACGAAGAUGGGUAUUCAGAAGAAGAGUGUAAGCAGUACCGAGCAGUCGUCUACAGCAACACAAUCCAGUCCAUCAUGGCCAUCAUCAAAGCCAUGAGCAACCUGAAGAUUGAAUAUGAAGACAGUUCUAGAACGGAUGAUGCCCGCCAGCUGUUUUCACUGUCUGCAGAUGCAGAGGAGCAGGGCAGCCUGCCAGAAGACCUGUCCAAAGUCAUCCAGCGGCUGUGGGAAGACGGCGGCGUCCAGAGCUGCUUCACACGGGCCCGGGAGUAUCAGCUCAACGACUCCGCAGCCUACUACCUUAACGACCUGGAGAGGAUAGCCAAGUCAGACUACAUCCCCACACAGCAGGACGUUCUCCGGACCCGGGUGAAGACCACAGGCAUCGUGGAAACACAUUUCACCUUCAAGGACCUGCAUUUCAAGAUGUUUGACGUCGGCGGCCAGCGGUCAGAGAGGAAGAAGUGGAUCCACUGCUUUGAGGGUGUCACAGCUAUCAUCUUCUGUGUCGCGCUGAGCGCCUACGACCUGGUGCUGGCAGAAGAUGAGGAGAUGAACCGGAUGCAUGAGAGCAUGAAGCUGUUUGACUCCAUCUGCAACAACAAGUGGUUCACGGAGACGUCCAUCAUCCUGUUCCUCAACAAGAUGGACCUGUUUGAGAAGAAGAUUGAGCACAGCCCCCUGUCCAUCUGCUUCCCUGAGUACACUGGCCUCAACAAUUACAAAGAGGCUGCAGCUUACAUCCAGAGCAAAUUCGAGGAGCUGAACAAGAAAAAGGAGACCAAGGAGAUUUACACCCACUUCACCUGCGCCACUGACACCGAGAAUGUGCAGUUUGUGUUCGACGCGGUCACUGACGUCAUCAUCAAGAACAACCUGAAGGACUGCGGCCUCUUCUGAAAAGCCGAUCCAAGGAAGAAUCAAGAUUACUUGAACAGUUCUGAUGACCAUGACGGAGGGUUUAUACACACACCACGAAUAACUGCACUGUCCAUCCACGAUUUCUGCUUCAAUCUGCUUUUUUUUUUUUUUUUUUUUUUGUUAUUCUAAAGACACCUAAGAGACAGAAAAUCCAACGAGCCUUCCAGAUGUUCCAACGAUUGCCGAUCCAGUCGCUCGUUAUGGUCAACUCUUUGGGCUUUGACCGCAAAAAUCAGCAAUUAUUUUAUUGUGUUUUUCUUCAUUUUCAAUUGCUAAAGGAGAGAAAGGAUACUUUAUAUAUAUAUAUAUAUAUACAUAUAUAAACGCCUAAAUUUAACUUUAAGAUCCUGAUGUGCAAAUUCUGAAAUGUUUAAUCAUGUGAAACUUAUUUUUUAAGAUGCAGCAGAAGCAUAUGGACAUGAAAUGAGAUUCAUAAUAGAGAAAAAGUGCUUUAAAAAAAAAAAAAAAUGUUUACAUUGGUUCAUCAUUCAUAGCUAAACCGUAUAUUCUGCAUGUCUCCACAGGACCAAUAAUAGCUCUGUAAUCUGCACAAAUUAUUCUAACAUUCCUACAAAAUGAUUUUAAAAAAUAGACUUUUUCUUUAGAAAAAAAAAAAGGUUUUAUGUGCAGGGGAAAAUUUAUGACAAAA